AUGUCUCGUAACAACAUAACCCUGGAAGCAUGCGAUGGCAAGCUCGUCAUUGAUGAGGAAGCCUAUAUUUGCCAGAGCUCAGGGGUGCUCCAGGAUAUGAUUAAAACUUUUGGGAAAGAUGUAGUGAGAAGAGAAGGGAUACCAAGACUUCCCAUCCGUGCAGCUACACUCUCAAUGAUAUUGUGGUGGUGCAAAUAUCAUGCCAACAACAAACUGAGGACCAAAGGCGGCUUCUACACCAAUUUUGACGAGGGGCAACGAAUUCAGAAGUGGGAUACAGAGUUCAUGCGCGUCGAGGCAGAUACGCUGUUCGACAUACUACGUGCGGCAAACUAUCUUGACAUCUCAGAUCUGUUUGACACGGGCUGUAAGAAGGCCGCGGAUAUGGUUCGGGCCGGUUCUCUUGGGGCACUUUCCGGCCUUCCAAACGAUAUCCAAAUCGAGAUUGGGCAGCACCUCCCUCCUUACGCAUUUCUUGAUGCGGCCGCCGCAGGAAUCGUACCAGGAACAGCGGCUCAGAUAAAGCAAGCAAAACAAUGGACCAGUCUGAUAAAAAACGACGAAUGGUUUCUGGCUGCUCUUGCUUUCGGAGCAAACCCAAUGCUUGUGGCAAAGGACUUCGACGCGCCCCGAUAUCUUGUCUUGGCCGACCUCGACAAAACAGGACAGCUCAAGCACGGAUUACGAGCUGAGAAGACCAUCCUGAACAGCCUCCAGCCAGGCGAUUGGAAUAAUGCUUCUGGGGAGUUUACCGUAAAGGAUGGCACAGUCUAUAAUAUAUGGAAUGCUGAAUUUGGCCAUUAUUCUCCUGUUUCAAAUUUCCGUCAAAGACUGGUAAAAUCAAGGGAAGAUGGGAAACUGGAAGUGUCUGUUAUGUACUUGAAGAGUCCAAAAGUUCAUCGGCUGGUGUGCAGCAACUUUUGCGAAGACUCAAGGAGAAUGGUGGUUCGCACCACGCAUAUUCACCCACACUAUCCAUGCUUGGUCGACCAUUUGAUUGUGGAAGCGGAAGAGCGACCUUCGAUUUUGGAGGACCCUAAUAUCAUGGUCAGAAUGGGUGGAGCAUCUGAGUUUAACGGAACCAGUGUGGUUGCUUCAUCGUAG